AUGUUUUACUUGAAAUACAUCAUCACUAUUUUAAUGAUGAAUGCUUCUAUAGCUUAAUGGACUAUUACUCAUUAUGAAGGCUAUGAUAAAUCUUUUACACAAAAUACAUAGGAUAAUUAUAUUCAAUUAAAUUGUUAAGCUUACAAUAUUCCAAUCAUAGCUUAAUAAGAAAGUCUAUUAAAAGUCAUUUCACUUAAAGACUUGAAUCCUUUUGCAAAGACUAAAAUUUUAGUAGAAUUUAUAGUUCCUAUAGAUUCAUAUUUUUCAAUAUAAAUUUAAAAUAAAACAAUCGAGAACUAUUAAAAUUUGGAAUUGGGAUAUGGAUUUUUAAUGAUCAAUGAAUGUUUUAAUACUUCUGAUUAUAAGAUGUUAUCAUUUAAUUAUGAAUUGGAAGGAAAAAAUUAUACAGAAAUUUCUAUAAAUAUUUAACUUUUGGAUAACAAAUCAUAAUAAUAAAAAAGGUAUGUAGGAAUUAAAUAAAUUCAUGUUUUUUAAAUGGUAUGUCCUUAAAAUUGUUAGAAUUGUUAAUAUGAUGAUUAUCGUAUUGUUUGUUUAGAUUGCCAAAAUAAUUUUACACUUUAACCAAGUUAAGGUAAGUGUUAUUGUACAAAUUUCAAAUUUAAAAAUUAAUGUUUAAAAUAAUGUCCUGAAGGAUAUUCUGCAGAUAGAUUUAGUAGUUGUAAAAAAGUUGGUAUUUUAUUUUGUUGAUUAUAUUAGAAUUUUUGGAUACAUAGACUUUUGGAUAAAAUACAAAUCUAAAAUUAAAUAAGAAUUUUGAAUAAUAAAUACAAUUAAAGAAAUCUUCUUAAAUCAGAUUAGAUAUAGAUUUAAUUUUAUCUAAUUUCUAAGUAUUCUAUAUCAAAUACUUUUUUAGGCUUUUUAAUAAUUUGAAAUAAUUAUUAAUGAUGUUUAUUCAGGAUCGAUAUCAAAUUAUUAUUAAAAUCUAUAUAUCUCAAUAUUCAAUAUAUCAGAAACAUCAUGUCAAUAUUCUAGUAAUUGUACACUUAUUCAAUUAUAAACUCCAUUAAUUGAUGUGAAUUCCUCAUUAUUGAAUGUAAAUAUUACUUUUAGACCUAUCAAUUCUAAAUAUCAUAAGCCAAGAUAUAAUCGAUUUGAAGAUUUAGGAGAUUCAAAUAAACCAAAAGAUUCUGAAAUAAUCAUUCAAAAUAUAAAAGUAACUCAAUUAUUAAUAGAUGAACCAAUAUGUUUUUAAGAAAAUUGUAAAAUAUGUGAUUAAAAAUAUAUUGAAUAAGAUUAAUGUAAAUAAUGUAAAGAUGGAUAUUAUUUAUUUGAAAAUCAAUGUCUUAAUUAAUGUCCAGAGACAACUGUUUAAGAAGGUUUCUAUUGCAAAACAUUCUUAAAUAAACAAUCUAAUAGCAAACUCAUAGUUAAUGAUGUUGAUAUUACAUAAUAUAAUUGGGCUGGAGAAAUAUCUUUAACUGAUCAAUAAAGUUUAUUUUAAUAUAGAUUCAAUAAAACUAAUUUGCUUUUUGGAGGUAAAUGGAGAAGAUAAGAAUAUACUAAGAUACUUAUUCUUGAACCUCAUUAUGCAUUGACUUAUACAUUUACAGUUAGCUACAUUGAUUUAUCAGAUAAGGAUGAAUAGACAGGUUUCUUUUACUAAUUAGAUGGUGGAGAAUAUCAUUACAUUAAUCCUAAAGAUUUGAUUUAGAUUGAUGGUGAUGCUAAUAAACCUGAUUCUAUUGUUGAAUAUAGUAAGUAUUUUAAACAUACAAAUAAUGAUAUUAUGAUAACUAUUGGAUGUAAUACAAAUGGUUAUUGUUUUCUGUAAGAUUAUUAUUUAAUUAUACAUAAAUGUACACCAUAUUGUAAAGUAUGCACAGGACCAAGUAAAUCUGAAUGUUUAGAAUAUACAAGAAAUUCAUAUGAAUUUGAUUAUAAAACAAAAUAAUGUAAAUCUGGUUAUUUUGAAAGUGAUGAUAAAUUAUGUCAAAGAUGUGAAGUAAAAGAUUGUUCUGAAUGUGAUUCUUAAUAUCAAUGUCAAAUUUGUAAAAAAGGUUGUUAACUUCAUUUACAAGGAUCAAGAUGUAUAUGUGAAUGA